AUGCUGCUGCGUACGCUGUCGUUGGCACUCGCUACUCUCUGUGCGCUAGGUGCUCAUGCUCGUGAGUAGGCAGGCACAUGCGCUGGCCUGAUCAGCCGUUGUCGUCGUCUGACCCGUGAGCGCGCCUUGAAGAGAAUUGCGGCGCUCGUUUUGGCAACGCGCUGUGUUCACAGGGUUUGUGUUGUAGCCAGUACGGCAGCUGUGGUGAGUGCGGGUCAUCGCGUGCCAAUAGGACAGGACAACACGGCUGACGACUCACUGCAGGCUCGACCGACGAGUACUGCCUCACGUCGAAGAAUUGUCAAUCAGUGAGACAUCUUGCAGCGUAGCCGAGAGGCCGUCAGCUCACGAACUAUGCACCCUACGUAUCCAUCGUAGAAUUGCAUCGACGACGGGCCACCACCCCCUCCAAAGGGCCCAAAGCCGCCCAACAUCGAUGUGGGAUCGCUUUACAGACCUCCCGAUGGCGUGUUCAAUGGGUUUGAGAUGGUGGGUUACUGGUCCAGCUGGGCACAGUAGUGAGUCAGAUCGGGCAGUGAACCCAUGUCGUCGCGAGUGCCCCGCUAAGCUGGCUCACGCCUUUUGAACGUUAGCUACGGCGAAGAUCCAGGUACUCCUGCGUGCAAGAAGGAAGACAAGCAUCUUCCCGAAAACAUCAACCCUUUCCUCUUUACACGUACGUGCUUCCAAGAUGCGUGCUUCGCGGUACUACUAGUUGACGCUCGAUGACCUUGCAGACAUCAACUACGCCUUUGCCUUUGUUUCCAACACGAGUGAGUCGUGCUGCUCCUGCGUCCCGCUCACUGCUCCUUAACCACCGCGCCUCUGGCCGCAGACUUCACCAUCAUCCCGCACGAGCUCGAUGAUGAGGACCUCUCGAAGCGCCUCAACAAUUGGAUGAAGUCCAACAACCCUCGCUCGCGCACCUCGCUCUCUCUUGGUGGCUGGACCUUUACCGAUGGGCCUGGCAGGUUCACUGGCGGAAUCGACUACUCCCAAGUCUUCUCGCAGCUUGUUUCAACCCGAUCGAAUCGCGAAAUUUUCAUCGACAGCUGCAUCGACUGGUGUCGUAGGCUUGGAUUUGACGGCAUCGACCUCGACUGGGAGGUGAGUCUGCGCUGAGCAACCGUCACCUAGCUUUACGAUGCUCACACUCACUCGCUGCCUUCAGUACGUGGGAGACACUUCGCGAGGUGGCAGCACGUCGGAUGGAGCGAAUUUCUUGACCUUGCUGCAGGAAAUGCGCGCAGCUUUCCGAUCGGAAGCCUCCUCGAGCGGCAAGGCGGAGCUGCUCAUCACUGUCGCAGCACCAGCAGACCCAGCCAAGGUCGCUCUGUUCGACAUCAAGGCCUGCCAAGAGUACAUCGACUGGUACAAUUUAAUGUCCUACGACUUUUAUGGCAACUGGGAUCCGACCAUCGACUCCACAGCGCCAGUGUACGAUACCUUCAAGCCGACGUGGUCUUUCGAUUCGGCCAUCCACCUGUACCUAGAUGCAGGCGUCUCUGCCUCCAAGAUCAAUGCUGGCCUUCCCGCUUAUGGACGCGUCUGGACGCUUCAAGACGUCACUCGCAAUACGCCAGGGUCUCAGGGUGGACCAGGUACGGCUGGUAGGUGCACUGGACUCGCAGGCUACAUGGGCUGGUUUGAAAUCGUCGAGAUUCUCAACGUCAAGGAUCGACUGACGACUGGCGAUGAGGUGUUCAAGUACGUCCCCGGUGACGGUGCUUAUGCCACCUUUGACGAUCAGUGGGUCGGCUUCGACGAUUCCCGCAGCGUUGCGGAGAAGGUCGCGCUCAUCAAACAAUAUGGUCUACGAGGCGGCAUGAUCUGGGCGGUCGACCUUGACACCAAGGAUUAUUCAUUUACCAGGAGCGUGCUGGAAGGUCGCAACUCGUGCCCGAAAAAUGGCGACUGGCUCCCAACGCCCGCCGGAGUCACCGCUUCGCUGCUGUGCGAGAAUCGCUCAGGAGCUUUAGGGAACGACGCAGCCCCACAACAAAAGCGGCUUUGCAAGUCUGAUGCCACGUGGGAUGUUGUCGAUCUCGCUGACUGCAACAAGGGUCUCAUGCUUUUCCAGAAAGCCAAAUCGCAGUGCGUGUAG